ACAACGCGCCCCGUUGCUUUCAGUAGAAGCACAGCGGCGAGAGCGCGAACCGCAAUUGCAUAAUAGAAAGCGUUGAACCGCCGAAGAUGACAAGCGUGUGCUAAACAAGUAAAUUACUGCGUGAUACGGCGCGUAACUAUUCAGCGUAAGAAUGGGGGAGGCAACGGUGGCGAACAAUUCGCGCGCGGUGGAAGGAGCGGCUGAGGCGAGCGAGCCAUUCCAGGCCACGCGCUAUGAUAAGACAUCAUGGUUUGCGCGAUUGUUCUUUGGCUAUGUGAACCCACUUUUGUCGCGAGCAGCUAAAUCGCCACUGGAGGAGCAGGACGUCGAGUGGCUCGUCCCACCCAGCGACACAGCGGAGCAGCUGGGGGCUGAGUUCGAACGCAUGUAUGAGAAAGUCAAGGCGGAGUACGGUCACAAUGACUCCGGCCCCACCAACUCCCCCGGCCCACCAAACACCUCCUCCCCCGGCGGCGGCCCCAGUGGCGGCGGCGGCGGCAAACCCACACGGCCGCCGCGGCGGCCCUGGACCACCCUCACGGGCAUCACGCUGCUGCGCCUGUACUGGUGGCCCAUGGUUCACGAGAGCCUGUGGGUGCUGGUGGAGGUGGGGCAGCGGCUGGGCACCCCGGUGGCGCUGAGGGAGUUCCUGCGCUGGCUGCAGGCCUACGACGCCGGCGAGGACCCGGCGGAGUGGCGGGGCUGGGUGUGGGCGCUGGUGCUGGGUGCCUGCGGGCUGUCCAUGAUGCUCAUCCACCACCAGCUGUUCUGGGUGGGCAUGCGCGCCGGCUUCACCAUGAGGCAGCAGUGCGUGGCGGCGGUGCACGCCAAGGUGCUGCGCCUCAACAGUGCCAGUGUGACUGCGGUGUCGAGUGGCCACGUGGUCAACCUCGUGUCCAACGACGUGCGGCGGUUUGAUGACGUGAUGCCGUUUUGGAUCUUCCUGUGGGCGGCGCCGUUGGAGCUGGCCAUGGUGCUGCUGAUGGUGUCUCUGGAGCUGGACUUUGUGAGUGCGCUGGCUGGCGUGGCGACCAGCAUGGCCAUGAUCCCCAUCCAGUCGGCACUGGUGCGCUACAUAGGCGGGCUCAGGCGCAACACGGCCCGCUGCACGGACGAGCGGGUGCGGCUGGCGGGCGAGGUGGUGGAGGGGGCGCUGGCCAUGAAGAUGCUGAGCUGGGAGGACCCCUUCACGGCCGCGCUCCGCGCCAUCCGCGGCCGCGAGACGUCCUACAGUCGCCGCAUGCAGCGCAUCAGGGCCGUGAACUUCGGCAUGCAGUUCUGCAUCACGCCCAUCGUGUCCUUCGUCACCUUCGCCGUGUACAGGGCCCGCAACGGCACGCUCAACACAGCCUCGGUGUUCUACGCGCUCAGCCUGCUGCACCUGCCCAAGCUCUACAUGGUCAACUUCUUUGUGCUGGCCGUACAGACGCUGACGGAGCUGCGCGUGUCACUGCAGCGCAUUGACACCUUCCUCUCAACCCCCGAGCCCCCCCGCCCGCACGCCAGCGACCCACAGCACGACCGCAGCAGCAGCAGCAGCAGCAUAAAGCGCGACGCCAAGGAGGGAGGCAACGACAGUGCUACAGCCGGCGCCGCCGACGCCGUAGCAGCGAUUGCCAGCGGUAACGAUGCCGCGGCAAUUACGAAGGAGCAGCAAGCGGGGGAGGCUGGCGGGGAGAAGCCGCCAGGGUUCGUGGCGAUGGGGGGAGCGGACUACGAUUGGCUCCGCCCCUUCGGCCGGGAUGAUGUGCGUGUGACCGACACGCACGGCACGGCACUGGGCGGCGGCGGCGGCGACCUAUCAGCCCGUGGCGGCGCCGGCGGCGGCAAGGCCGGCGGCGGCAAGCCCGCUGCCGGCGGCAGUAGCUUCAAGAGGAAGGCCGCCACCGUGAUGCCUACUGCUACUGCCGCUGCUACUGCCGCUGCUACUGCCGCUGCUACUGCCGCUGGGGCUACUGCUGCGGCUGGUGCUGCCGCGGCGGAGCCGAACGCAGAAGCGGCCAAACAAGGCAACGCCAACGGCCAGCAGCUGCAGGAUGCAGCGGAAGCAAGUGCUACAGCCGCGGAGCGCGCCGGCAGUAGCAGUAGCAGCAGCAGUGCCGCCAGCCCCGCCGCCGCCAGCCCCGCCGCCGCCGCCGCCGGCGGCGGCGAGAGCCUGACUCUAUCCGGCGUGUCGUUCCAGUGCGCCCCUGGGGAGCUGGUGGGAAUCUGCGGCGCCGUGGGGUGCGGCAAGAGCAGCCUGCUGGCGGCGCUGCUGGGGGAGCUACAGCCGCUGGAGCGGCCGGCGGCGGCGGCUGUAGCAGCUGGUGCUGGUGCUGGUGCAGCUGGUGCGGCUGGUGCGGCUGAUGCGGCUGGUGCUGCUGCUACUGCCGCGGGGCCAGUGGUGUGCGGCCGGGUGGCCUAUUGCGCACAGGUCCCCUGGAUCAUGGCCGGCUCGGUGCGUGCCAACAUUGUGUUUGGCGCCGCCUGGGACCCCCAAUGGUACGCCCGUGUCCUCGCCGCCUGCUGCCUGGCUGACGACCUGGCGGGACUGCCCGCGGGUGACGACACGGAGCUGGGCGAGAGGGGAAUAAACCUGAGCGGCGGCCAGAAGGCGCGUGUGGCUCUGGCCCGCGCCUGCUACUGCCGCCCGCACGUGGCCCUGCUGGACGACCCGCUGAGCGCUGUGGACCCGCGGGUCGGCCGGCAGCUGUUCGAGCGGGCGCUGGGCCCCCGGGGGCUGCUGGCGGAGGUCGGGGCCACACGGCUGCUGGUGACGCACCAGCGCCAGUACCUGCCUAGAUGUGACCGGGUGAUGGUCCUGCGCGGCGGCGCCGCCGCGGCCGCAACCGCUGCAGACCAAACCGAAACCGCCGUAACGCCAACCGCCGGAAACAGCCAGUACGGUGCCAGUAACCGCGCCAACCGCGGCAGUUUUAUGGACCGUUACCGGUUGUCAAUGAGCCGCACCUUCGCCGCCGGCCGCGCCAACGGCGACGGCGGCGGCGCCGCCAUCGGCCGCAGCGGCACGUUGGGCCGGUUGGCGAGUAGCGCUUUUCGGUUACGGCAACAGAUCUCGAUGGCUCUGGCGGGCGGCGGCGGCAACGACCUGGUCACUGCCGCCAAGAGCCCGUCCCUGGCGCGUGUGGAUACGGGCAAGCUGGUGGCCAGCGAGGACAAGGCCACGGGCACGGUGUCGUGGGCCGUGUACGGCCGCUACUGCCGCCACCUGGGCCUGGCUGCUACAGCCUUCAUCGGCUGUGGCAUGCUGGCGGGGCAGGCCGUGUUCCUGGCCAGCGAGUGGUGGCUGGCGCUGUGGAGUCGCGCCGCGCCCGAGGACCAGGGCAGUGACAAGUGGCUGUGGGUGUACGGCAUGUUGACGGGGGACUUCACCCCCGUUUACAGGCCCGGCCUGCCGCCCGUGCUCCGCGGCAUCACCUUCUCCCUGCCGCCCGGCAGCAGCUGCGGCGUUGUGGGCCGCACCGGCAGCGGCAAGAGCAGCCUGAUGCUGACGCUGUUCCGGCUCAUCCCGGUCACGGCGGGCCGCAUCCUGCUGGACGGGCAGGACACGGCGGGGCUGGGGCUGGACGUGCUGAGGCGCCAGCUGGCCAUCAUACCGCAGGUGUGGUUGUGGGGGCCGCGGGAUUGUGUAUUUGUGUGUGAGGGUGGUGUGGGGUUGUAAAUACCAGCCCAAACUAAACCAAAACCAACGAGAACGAGCGGAGCACACGCAGAGGCGUUGCAUUCAUUAUUAGUUAAGAAGUUAAGGCGGGUUGUGUUGUGUUGGGUUGUGUUGGGUUGGGUUCGCAAGGGAAGAGGGUCGAGACCGCGUGGACUUGUGUGUGUAAACC